GAUGGAGGCCUGAGGGCGGCGGGGGCGGAGCGCACCGCGAGCUGGGGGCAUGUCCGCGGCGGGCGCCGUCUAGAGGAAGGCCGAGCAGCCGCCACCACGCUCUCAGUCGCGGCGAGACGCAAGCGAGCCAGGCCUAGGGCCGCGGCGGCGAUGCAGCGACGGCGGCGCCCUCCGCCGCCAGCUUCUCAGCUGCCCGAGGGCUGCGGGGGAGGCGGCGGCGGCCGCGGCGGGAGCGAGGAGGUGGAAGUGCAGUUCUCCGCCGGGCGUUUGGCCUCGGCCGCGGCGGUUUCGGCGGCGGCGACGGCCGCGCGCAGCACGGAGGAGGAGGAGGAGCGGCUCGAGCGCGAGCACUUCUGGAAGAUCAUUAAUGCCUUCCGCUACUACGGCACCAGUAUGCAUGAGCGAGUGAACCGAACAGAAAGACAAUUUCGAUCACUUCCAGAUAAUCAACAGAAACUACUUCCUCAGUUUCUUCUUCACUUGGACAAGAUUCGGAAAUGCAUUGAUCAUAAUCAAGAAAUACUACUGACCAUUGUGAAUGAUUGCAUACAUAUGUUUGAAAAUAAAGAAUAUGGAGAAGAUGGGAAUGGAAAGAUUAUGCCAGCAUCAACAUUUGACAUGGAUAAGUUAAAAUCUACACUGAAACAGUUUGUGAGAGACUGGAGUGAGACUGGGAAAGCAGAGAGGGAAGCCUGCUACCAACCAAUCAUUAAAGAAAUUUUAAAAAAUUUUCCGAAAGAAAGAUGGGAUCCUUCUAAAGUAAAUAUUCUGGUACCUGGUGCUGGACUAGGAAGACUGGCCUGGGAAAUAGCUAUGCUAGGUUAUGCUUGUCAAGGAAAUGAAUGGAGUUUUUUUAUGCUCUUUUCUUCCAACUUUGUACUCAACAGAUGUUCUGAAAUUAAUAAAUAUAAGCUUUAUCCCUGGAUCCAUCAGUUUAGCAAUAACCGGAGGUCAGCUGAUCAGAUUCGACCCAUCUUUUUCCCUGAUGUUGAUCCCCACAGUCUUCCUCCUGGUUCUAAUUUUUCUAUGACAGCAGGAGAUUUUCAGGAGAUCUACUCAGAAUGCAAUACCUGGGACUGUAUUGCUACCUGUUUCUUCAUAGACACAGCUCACAAUGUUAUUGAUUAUAUUGACACAAUAUGGAAAAUACUCAAGCCAGGUGGAAUUUGGAUAAAUCUAGGUCCUCUGCUGUACCACUUUGAAAAUUUGGCAAAUGAACUUUCCAUAGAAUUGAGCUAUGAAGAUAUAAAAAAUGUCGUUCUGCAGUAUGGAUUCCAGGUGGAGGUGGAAAAAGAAUCUGUCUUGUCAACAUAUACUGUGAAUGAUCUCUCCAUGAUGAAAUACUACUAUGAAUGUGUCUUGUUUGUGGUCCGUAAACCACAGUAACGUUCUCAAGUGGUAUCAGCAGAAAAAAGUUUGAUAAGAGCAAAUGCUGAAAUAAACAACUCAAAAUCAACUAUCCCAAUGACAGGACACAACCUCAAA